CGCGCUGCGUGCUGGGCGCUGUCCUGGGAGUGGCCGCACCCGACCCACAACAGCAGCAGCAGCCGCAGCAGCCAGCAGCCCCCUCCGCCCUCCGCCAGCACCUCCACCAGCUGCUGCUGCCGCCGCUGCUGCAAUGCUGCCGCAACAACCUGCCGUACGGGGAAUACGAAACGGCGGCGGCGCGCUGCGUGCUCGCCGUCAGCAACAUCAGGUUCCCAUCAUCGUCAUCGCCCUCCGCGGCAACACCCGCACCCGCCGCAACACCAGCAGCCGCAGCUGUAGCGGGGCCACCGCCGACGUGGCUCCCCUCAGCCGCGCCUCCCCUGUCUGGUCCGCCCGACCUGGCUGUCACGGCGGCCACUCGUACGGCAGUUGGGUCGCUGGCGGCACUGGAGGGGCACCUGGGGCCGGCGCUGCGGGGCUGUCCGGCCCUGCCCGCCUGGCUGUUCACCGAGCUGCUGCCCCCCGCGCUGCUGGCCCCCGGGGACCGACCCACGCGCGUGCGGGCGCUGCACCUGCUGCGCACCGCCUGCAGCAGCAACAGCGGCUGCUGCCCCGAGGGGGACGGAGCUGCUGGUGGUGGUGGUGGUGGUGAUGGUGGCGGCGCAGCAAAGGGG